GUUCUCUGUAUAUUCAAAAGUAGUUUUUGAUUGAUUUAAACGGUCUCCGAUUCUCCGUACACCGUAUCUCCUCCCUCUUGCGUCAAACAUUAUCAUCUCCUCGGACUCUUCGCCUUCUCUUCAUUUGUUAUUUUCCCUCUGUGUUUUACACAAAACUGUGUUACUGUGAUGCUUCCUUUUCAAGGGUUUGUUUAUAAGAAAAGUUCGGUAAACAUGAUCGAUGGUGGAGAAUCGAUCCAGAGCUCGGGGUCAAAGCCACUUGAUAGGAGAUCAACGGACUCACACAGGGAAGCCGAGAGGAGACGCCGGCAGCGUAUCAACAACCACCUCAAUACCCUCCGUUUUCUCCUUCCUAACACCACAAAGACAGACAAGGCGUCGUUGCUAGCGGAGGUGGUGAAUCACGUGAGGGAGCUGGGGAGGAAAGCUGCUGACGUGGCGACUCGGCACGGGUUGGUUCCCAGCGAAUCGGAUGAGCUGACUCUGAGUUAUUGCGGCUGCGAAAAUAAGGUGAUUAAGGUCAUUCUGUGCUGCGAGGAUAGACCGGGUCUGAACAGGGAGUUGAUUCAGGUGAUUCGGUCUGUUCGUGCCAAGCCGGUGAAGACGGAGAUGACGACGGUUGGAGGACGGACUAAGAUUGUUGUGAUGAUGCAGUGGGCCGGUGGCGGCGGGGAGGAGGAAAUUGAGGCUUUGAAGCGGGCCCUGAAGGCCGUUAUCGAUAAUGGGGCCUCGAGUGGGCUUAGUGGAAGUAAACGGGCUCGAUUUUAUGGGUCGAUUUAUGAGGGUUAGGACUAGUAUUGAGACAAUAGUCCGGGCCGGGCCGGGUAAACUGUAAUGAGGCCGUAGUUAAAAUGGUGACAAAUAUAUGUAUAGCCCAAAGUAGAUGGAUAGGUUUUUGCGUGUAGCCGUGUAGGUUUGUUUAUACGCGAUUUGUAACAAACGCAAAAUCAAAAGAAAAACCAGAAAAACAAGCUAGAGAUAUUUUGGUUCAUGGUCAC